GCAGUCACUAUAUAUAUAAACCUUAAUUUCCAAACUUUAGAACAAGAGCAAGUUUGUAAUUCAUCAAACACCUUCACUCUUCAACUAGUUCCAGUUCAACUGACAACCCCAUCAAACACCAAAAUUAACUUACCUCCUUCAAUAUCAUAUCAUAUAAUGGGUAUUCGUUUGUUAUCUAUUUCUGGUGUCAGGCAAUUCCACAAAUUGCAAUCUGUUGUUGCUCGAAAUCAAAUGCCAGAUGUACCAAAAGGACAUUUAGCAGUUUACGUUGGAGAAACAGAGAAGAAGAAGCGAUACGUGGUUCCAAUUGCAUACCUGAAUCACACUUCGUUCCAAGAAUUGCUUAAGAAAUCAGAGGAAGAGUUUGGGUUUCAACAUCCAAUGGGCGGUCUCACAAUUCCCUGCAACGAAGAUGCUUUUUUUCAUGUCACUUCUCAAUUGAACACUUGUUUAUGAUAUGAAGCAUCAGCAUUCCACAGAAGUGUAAUUUUUUUUUUCUUUUAUUUUGACUAUUUUUUCCUCUUGUCGAGCAAGAGCUGUAAACUUAAUGUGCAAAUCAAAGCCUUACCUCUGGCUAAUUUUGUUGAGAGGGUUGGAAAUUGAAAAGAUAUGUACAAUCAAUUUUUUACCA